GCAGCGUCGCGCCGAAACAACCCUCAGUCUGAAAGUUACCGCGGCGUCGGGUGUGUGUCUCUAUCGCCGGGCGAACUUUCUGCGCGACGACCGUUUUGCCGCAUAUAACGUCCGCCUACGUCCCUCUCGUUUGUGUUUCGUCCCGAACCCGUCUGUGUCCCCGGGUGUCCUCGUCGAAUCGCGAAGUGCGGUUUCGUUUUCGAUACUUUCCCUGGAUUCAGCCUUAAUUCACCGAGCCUGUCGACGUCGGCGAGCCACCAAUUGAGAGAAUCCGGACGGACGGUACCAGCGAGCAUCGUUUCGAUGGCAAUUGCGGCGGCGAAGACGAUAUGAGCCAGUGAAGAGACCCUCUGCUCUGCGAAAGCGGACGAGAAGCGGCGAGAAGGACGAUGAGAGUCCGUGAAAGUUGAAGUAAAAACCUGCACAACGAACAGCAACAGCCUGCCUCGUCCGUUGCGACCAGCCACACAUCUCACGUUAAGAUGACAUAGAAUGGGUUGGGUGGCGCUAGGGCGGUGUGCGGGUGGUGGCGGCCGCCUCUCGUCCGUCCUCUCGCUGUCUCUCACCUCCCUCGCAAGCUCCCUCAUCUUCACCAUCCUCUGUAUCCUCACACUUGCCCUCACUCUCGUUACUCUCGUGCGUGCCGAGGACAUCUUCGAGGAGGGCAAGUCGGACAAGGAGAUCCUGGACAACCUGCUGCUGUCGACGCGUUACGACAAGCGGCUUCUGCCCCCGGUCCAAGGUACACUGAGGCCCCCGCCCCACACCCGCCAAGACGACUACACCCCCGAAUACCUCGUACCCAAUGACCCCGAUCAUCCAGAGCACCUCGAACACCACCGGCACCGCUACCACCAUACAGCACCACACAACCACAGCUCACUGCUCACCCCUCGUCGAAAGGGAACCUUGACGGUGAACGUGAGCGUGCUGUUGCUAAGUUUGGCGUCUCCCGACGAGUCCAGUUUGAAAUACGAGGUGGAGUUCCUGCUGCAACAACAGUGGUACGACCCUCGGCUGCGCUACAGCAACCGAUCGCAGUACGAGUUUUUGAACGCGAUCCACCAUUACGACGAUAUCUGGUUGCCGGACACGUACUUCAUAAUGCACGGAGACUUUAAGGACCCGCUCAUACCCGUUCACUUCGCUCUUCGGAUAUACCGUAACGGCACCGUCAACUAUCUUAUGCGGCGUCAUCUCAUCCUAUCCUGCCAGGGUAGACUUAAUAUCUUCCCCUUCGACGACCCACUGUGUUCAUUCGCGAUCGAGAGCAUAUCGUACGAGCAAACGGCGAUCACGUACGUGUGGAAGAACGACGAAGGAACCUUGCGGAAAAGUCCGAGCCUGACGUCGCUGAACGCAUACCUCAUUAAGAACCAGACAAUCACCUGUCCGAUCAAAGUAAGCUGGAGAGCUGACGGACAGAUCAUGGUCGACUACGAGGACGAGUUCGAUGAAUUCGGGGACUCAAAGUGCUCGCUGUGCCAGCGCAGGUUUGAAGAGCAAGGUAACUACAGCUGCCUGAAGGUGGAUCUGAUUUUCACGCGAGAUCGUGCCUUCUACUUCACGACCGUCUUCAUCCCGGGCAUCAUUUUGGUGACCAGCUCGUUCAUCACCUUCUGGCUCGAGUGGAACGCGGUGCCAGCACGAGUAAUGAUCGGUGUGACGACGAUGCUCAACUUUUUCACGACGUCGAACGGCUUCCGGUCGACGCUGCCCGUCGUGUCGAAUCUAACUGCCAUGAACGUGUGGGACGGGGUCUGCAUGUGCUUCAUCUACGCCAGCCUCCUCGAGUUCGUCUGCGUGAAUUACGUCGGCCGCAAACGGCCGAUGCACAACGUCGUCUAUCGCCCCGGAGAGAAUCCCGUCACCCAGCGGCUCCCAGCGGUGCUCAGCAGGAUAGGGAUUAUAUUGGCCAGCCCCUUGAAGCGAGAGGGCGGUCCACCGACCGGAGGUACCACAGGACCGAACGAGAUCGUCACCUGCACCAAUUGUGGACCCAACCCUUGCACGCACACGGCCACCAACGGAUGUACAGCCGAGCUGAGAAAGAAGGAGCCGCCUCAUCCGAUCAGAGUGGCGAAGACGAUCGACGUGAUAGCAAGAAUUACCUUCCCGGUCGCUUACUUCAUGUUCCUCACCUUUUUCUUCAUCCACUACAAAGGCUCCUCGUAGACAGUCACCGGAAGCGAUACACGAGACGAGUCUUACGAGCAUCGAUCGUCGAGGGACCCGUCCCUCGAUUUUAUUCAACGGAGUCCGAUGAUGUCCCGAAACGGGGAACCGGCGAUCGGGAGAGAAAGUGUAGCCGGGAUCGUCGAACGAACGAAACGUGUUCAAUUCUACGAGAGGAGAUUGUUCGACGAUCUUGUCUCCGGUCCGCAGUUACCGCAAAGUUCUACUUGCCGUCAAAUACGUAUAAUGUACAUAUAGCUAUAUCUUUUCUUUGGCUUCGGAGGAAAAAGGGAAGUCGAGUGAGACGGGAGAAACUGUUCUUCUUUCUCGGAACGUUUACGGGAGAUUCGCCUUUUCCUCAUCUUUUCUCACAUGUGAUAAUUCUAUAAAAGCACUCUUUAUCGGAAGAAGCUCGAUUCACGUUAAAUAAAUAAUCGACGAAGGACGUACGCACCAGCAACAAGCGAAUAGGAGUGCGAUAGAGGCGAGAAAGUGAGAAUGAAUGAGCGCGAGUGAACGGGCGGGUGAGAAUACUCGAGACGAAGGGAAGACGCGGACACGCAGGUACGUUCGUUUCUUUACCAAUUUUUUCUUCUACUGGCUAGUCACGCCCCUAAUUCGAGGAUGCUUCUGAUGAUUAGGUAAAUAAUAGUGAAUCAAAUUUACUUAAGGAACGUUACUUACUUGUAAUUGUAAUCCCACUAAAAAGUUAAGUAAGGUCGAUGUAAGUAUCGUCCAUGAAAUCGCUGACUCGUGAUUCGCCUUUUACUUAAAUAUCGACCUUUUCUCCGUACUUAAACGCGGCGCAGAGAUUAACGUGAUCGCGAAUUAGCUCUAUAUUCGUAGACCUUUGACAAAGCAAGAAAUGAAAAAGGAGAAAAGACAUUCGCUUUCAACCGAGGGAGCAGGACUACGAGGUAUACAAUUCCGCGCUGUACAAAGAAGAAUAUAUAAUUAUAUUAUAUAUUCAUAUAAAUAUACAUAUAAUAUACAUACCUGCAUAUGAAUUUGGUUGAUCAAUCGUCGUUUCAUCGAAGCUUUUGACGCGUUUUCAGGCUUUUCCGCGUUGACCGUUCAGCUUUUACGAUACGAACCAAAUAUUUGACGAAACACGUGCACGGAGAUAGGCGAUUCGAAUUCGAAAUCGGUUCUUUUCCACGUCGUCUCUUCUUCGGUUCCGAUGAAAUUUAAAUAAACGCAUAUACAUAUACGCGAACGAGACUCGAUCGAAACGAUAACGUACACACAGGGGGAAAUUAACGUAAUACGGGUAAAGCUUGCGAUUAGAUUUUAACAAAGUGCCCAAUAUUCGAUACUCGAGCAACGCUAACGCUUUGUCCGCGAGAGAAGCAAAGUGACGUUUUAACGGGAAGAAACGUAGAGAUAAAAAGAAAACGAAAAUUAAUUUGUCGCGCGCGUCUCGGAGAGAAAAAUUCGAGGAGUGAAUUGUGGGAGAUAACGUUCGACGUUUCUUCGAAAGAACAGCCCGCGUAUCUUUAGAUACCGUCGACACACUACCACUAUUACUGUUAUUAUUGUUACCAAUAUUAUUAUUAAUUAUUAUUAUCAUCAUUGUGAUCAUCAUCGUUAUUAUUACUAUAUUACUACUACUAUUACUAUAUUGCUAUAUUGUUACCAUUAAAAAGGAAUGUAAUUAUUAUCACCACUACUAAAUACCGCUAUUACCGUACUAUUAAAAAUCGUUAUCGCUAUUUAUGAACGUUAUUCUUACUGCGAGACUCGUGGGUGAGAUUGUACAGAAAGAUGCGUGGCUGGGGGAAAAUACGGAUUCGGAAAAAUCGUACGAAGCCAGCCGAUCGUUCAGCAAUAUUAAUCGCGGUCCGAAAUAUUCCAUCGUCGCAGACACUUUGAAACGAAGUGUGUAACCGCGAUCGCUCGCGCGUCUCGGGUAAUCGCGAGCCGAUCGUCGGGAAGGAAAUCACUUUUCCUCGAGCGAGUAAUCGAGCUCGACGCGAGAAAGGAAAGGAAGAACCGUAUUACGUCUUACGUGUACUAGAAUAAUCAGAAUCAAAUUCGCUAUAUUUAUUACGAUUGCGACGAUUAGAACCGUAGAUCAUAAUCGAGAAUAAGCUUCUCUUAUUGUAAUUAAUAUCCGAGAAUAACGCGUAAUCAGACACAACGAAUAUUGCCGAGUUUGCCGAUCGAAAAAAAAAAAAAGGAGAAAACGAAUUUGAGAUUUAUCUUAUCUAUCGAACGGAGCAGGGAAACUGUAAUUCAAUGGGGAUCCGUUCGAGCUCGGCGAAUUAUUUUGGACGGUAAUGAGGGACAGAGGAAAGCGGGGAACGAGUACUCGAGGAAAGAAAAUUUCGCCGAGAUCGAUGACGACAAGUCGAUUUAAAAAAAAAAAAAAAAAG